AAUCUACUGAGCAACAAAAUAAAAAUAAAAAAUAGAAAGUGGAAGACAAAUUUGGUUGGUUUCCAGCACGUUUGCUAUCCUGGAUUCUUAAGAGCCAAGCGCACCAUAUGCUGACACACUGACGAAUGUUGCCCGCUUUUGCGGGGCCAAGCUAAUUGCCCACCAGUCCUUAUUAAAGUAAAGUUAGCACUGAGCAUCCCAACUAGUUUAAGACGAGAGAGGAGAUAAAUGCCGAAUGAUUGGUAUUAUUUAGUAAUAUUUCCCGAUCACAGAUGACGUGCAUCUCAGUCAGUAAGAUAAAAAUUUGAGUAAAUUAUCCUCUGUAAUCUGCAUGCAAAGGAGUUGUUGAAUCAUUUUGACCAGUGUUCUCUACUGGAAUUCAAGUUCAUACUUAUACACUGGUUUUCAUGUGUUAGACUUGAGUAAAUGUUACUUGUGAAGCAUUCCAAAAAUGGAGAAUAAUCAAGCGGAAUUCUCUUGGAUUUGCGGAGGAGAAUUCAGUUGGGGGUCGUCGUGCACUCACGCAGCAAUAAUUGAUGGUUUAAAUCUUUUAUUUAUCAUUUCUCUAUCUUUGUUGUGGAUUAUUGGUUAUUUCAGGAAGCAAAUCAUCCGUGGUAAUAAUACUAGAACGGAUUGGUUACUAGUAGUUGUUUCGGUAUGUUGUGCUGUUAAUGCCAUUGCACAUUUUAGUGUUUCUCUAUGGGGUGCACUUCAGAAAGACCCGUUAAUAGAUUUUAGUUGGGCAGUUUAUUUAUUUAGGGGGUUAAUAUGGAUUUUCGUGUCACUCUCCCUUAUUGUGCCGCUGAUCAAAUGGGCAAGCGUUUUGAUUUUAGUCUGGUGGAUAUCCUUUUCGUUACUAAAUUCUAUACAGUAUGUGGAAACCUUGGUGAAAAACGAGAAGAUCAGAAUCCUUGAUUUGGUUUCAUGGUUUGUAAAUUUGUUACUUCUAUUUUGUGCUUUGGGGCAUUAUAGACGGCUGCUAGUUUCAAAAUAUAAUCAGGAUGAGGCUUUGUCAGAGCCACUACUGACUGCAAAAGGUGAAACUAACAGAUCAGGAUUAGGAAAUGCUAAUUUGUUUAGCAAGUUAACAUUUUCUUGGCUCAACUCUUUCAUGUCGAGAGGUCAUAUAAAACCAUUAGUACUAGAAGACAUACCUAAUCUUGUCCCAGAAGAUGAAGCGUUUACUGCUUACCAGGCGUUCUUUCAUGCUUGGGAGCUUCUGCGGAGCCAAAAGAGCUCCGAAAAUAAUAGUAAUCUGGUUCUUCGGGCACUAGCUAAAGUUUACUUCAAAGAGAUGAUACUUGUAGGAAUCUUUGCAUUUCUUAGGACCCUCUCUGUUGUAGUUUCUCCUCUGCUACUUUACGGCUUUGUAAAUUAUUCAACCCGUAAAGACGAAAGUUCGUCCCACGGAAUAUCACUAGUUGGUUUGUUAGUCACCAUCAAGGUUGUAGAAUCUUUAUGUCAGAGGCAGUUCCACUUCAACUCAAGAAGGUUCGGUAUGAGGAUGAGAUCCGCUCUAAUGGUGGCUGUAUAUCAAAAGCAGCUAAAACUUUCUAGCUUGGGACGGAAAAAUCACUCAACUGGGGAAAUAGUAAAUUACAUUGCAGUUGAUGCUUACCGAAUGUGUGAAUUUCCGUUCUGGUUUCAUUCUGUAUGGACUUACUCAGUUCAAUUGCCUCUUGCGGUUGGACUACUUUUUGGAGUAGUCGGUUUGGGGGCUCUUCCAGGUUUAGUCCCUCUCCUUACGUGUGCAGUUCUAAAUGUACCCUUUGCAAAGAUGCUUCAGACCUGUCAAACACAAUUUAUGGUAGCCCAAGAUGAAAGAAUAAGAGCCACUUCUGAGGUUCUAAACAAUAUGAAGAUCAUCAAAUUACAAUCAUGGGAAGACAAUUUCAAAAAUUUGGUCGAGUCCCUCCGAGAUAGGGAGUUCAAAUGGUUGUCAAAGUCACAACUUCUGAAAUCUUAUGGGACUGCACUCUACUGGAUGUCACCCACAUUGAUAUCUUCAGUAGUCUUUCUAGGAUGUGUAUUUCUGAAAAGUGCUUCUUUGAAUGCCAGCACCAUCUUUACAAUUCUUGCAACACUGAGGACCAUGUCGGAACCUGUCAGGAUGAUUCCUGAGGCUCUUUCUGCGAUAAUUCAAGUCAAGGUUUCGUUAGAUCGCCUUAAUAGGUUUUUGUUGGACGAUGAGCUCACUAAUGAAAAUAUUGUGAAGAAGAAUCAACAGCAGAACUGUGGUUUCGAUAUUUUAAUAAAGUCUGGUGUUUUCAGUUGGGAGCUAGAUUUAGCUGUUCCAACCUUGAGGCGUGUUGAUUUUGCGGUAAAAAGAGGACAGAAAAUUGCUGUUUGUGGACCUGUUGGUGCUGGAAAAUCUUCUUUCUUGUCCGCCAUAUUGGGGGAAGUACCGAAGAUCUCAGGAUCAGUGGAUGUACUUGGGUCUAUCGCCUAUGUAUCACAAAUAUCUUGGAUACAGAGCGGAACGAUUCGUGAUAAUAUACUGUUUGGACAGCCGAUGGACAAAGGCAGAUACAUUAAGGCCAUAAAAUCAUGCGCUCUCGAUAAAGAUAUUGAAAAUUUCAACCACGGUGAUCUUACAGAAAUUGGUCAGAGAGGGCUAAACAUGAGUGGAGGUCAGAAACAACGGAUUCAACUCGCUAGAGCUGUCUAUAAUGAUGCUGAUAUCUAUCUCCUUGACGACCCAUUUAGUGCUGUUGAUGCACAUACAGCUUCCACUCUUUUCAACGAUUGUGUCAUGGCAGCUCUUGAAAAGAAGACUGUCAUUUUAGUGACACACCAAGUCGAGUUUCUUUCUGAAGUUGAUAGAAUAUUGGUUAUGGAAGGUGGGAAAAUGACUCAAUCAGGAACAUAUGAGGAGCUUCUAACUGUUGGGACAGCAUUUGAACAGCUUGUUAGUGCCCAUAAGAAUUCAAUGGCAGAAAUUGACCCUGCAAAAUGUGGAAACAAGGAUGAACUUGAAAAGUUGGAGUCAAAUAUGUCUGAGGAGUCUAAAUAUUCCUUGGUGAUAAAAGAUAACAAUGAUGAUGAGAUCUCAAUGCCAGGGAUUCAGUUGACAGAGGAGGAAGAGAGGGAGAGUGGAGACGUUGGGUGGAAGCCAUUUUACGAUUAUAUCAUCGUGUCUAAGGGAUUACUUUUUCUUGGUUUAUCUACGUUAUCUCAGAUUCUUUUCGUUUGUUUCCAAGUUGCUUCUACUUAUUGGUUAGCUAUUUCCGUAAAUGUUCCCAGUGUGAACAAUAGCAUGUUAGUUGGAGUUUACGCAGGGAUCUCAGCUUUGAGUACAUUUUUCGUAUAUUUAAGAACCUAUUUCGCAGCCAGAUUAGGACUGAAGGCUUCAAAAUCCUUCUUCUAUGGUCUCACCAAUUCCGUGUUUAAGGCUCCUAUGCUCUUCUUCGAUUCAACCCCGAUUGGAAGGAUUUUAACACGGGUAUCAUCAGAUUUGAGUGUGUUGGAUUUCGACAUACCUUUUUCUAUUUCACUUGUAAUUGCACCUUUCGUUGAGAUUAUAGCAACCAUUUGCAUAAUGGCCUUGGUGACAUGGCCAGUUCUCAUUGUGGCUGUUCUCACGAUGGCAGCUGUAAAAUAUGUUCAGGGUUACUAUCAGGCCUCUGCAAGGGAGUUAAUUAGAAUUAAUGGAACUACUAAAGCUCCUGUUAUGAACUAUGCAGCUGAGACAUCGUUAGGAGUUGUCACAGUAAGGGCUUUUUCUUUGACCGGCAGGUUCUUUGAUAGUUAUCAGAAGCUCAUCGACACAGAUGCUAAGCUCUUCUUUCAUUCUAAUGCUGCUAUGGAGUGGUUAGUUGUAAGAGUUGAAGCGCUCCAGAAUUUGACAUUAUUUACGGCAGCUCUUCUCCUUGUUUUGCUUCCUCAGGGUACCGUAAACCCAGGUUUUGUGGGGCUCUCUUUAUCCUAUGCUUUGGCGCUUACCGGCACCCAAGUUUUUCUGGCUCGAUGGUACUGCAACUUUUCUAACUACAUCAUUUCUGUUGAGCGAAUAAAACAAUUUAUGCAUAUACCAUCAGAGCCUCCAGCUAUUGUUGAUGACCAAAGACCGCCACCUUCGUGGCCCUCUAAUGGAAGGAUAGACUUGGAAAAUCUUAAGAUAAAGUAUCGUCCAAAUUCUCCUCUAGUUAUUAAAGGAGUCACUUGCGCUUUCAAAGAAGGGACAAGAGUGGGAGUUGUUGGUAGAACUGGAAGUGGAAAGACUACACUCAUCAGUGCCUUGUUUCGCCUUGUAGAACCUACAAGUGGGAAGAUUCUUAUAGAUGGGAUAGACAUUUGCUCAAUGGGUCUAAAGGAUUUAAGAGUGAAGCUUAGUAUAAUACCUCAAGAAGCAACUCUCUUCCGAGGAACUGUUCGAACUAAUUUGGACCCUCUAGGCCUUUACACUGACGAAGAAAUAUGGAACGCGUUAGAGAAGUGCCAGCUAAAAGCUACAAUCAGCGGUCUCCCUAACCAUCUCGAUGCGUCAGUGAGCGACGAUGGUGAUAAUUGGAGUGCUGGUCAACGCCAGCUUUUUUGUCUUGGAAGAGUACUUCUCAAAAGGAACAAAAUUCUAGUUCUAGAUGAAGCAACUGCAUCAAUCGAUUCUGCAACAGAUGCUAUUUUACAGAGAGUUAUAAGGCAGGAGUUCAAAAACUGCACGGUCAUAACAAUAGCUCACAGAGUUCCCACUGUUACAGAUAGUGACAUGGUCAUGGUCCUAUCUUAUGGAAACUUGAUCGAAUACGACGAACCUUCAAAACUCAUGGGAAGUGAUUCAUACUUCUCUAAGCUUGUGAAUGAAUAUUGGUCUAGUUGCAGGAGCAAUUCUCUUCAAAGUUUUAAACACUACCAAUGAAGAGUUGUAAUGUGUAUUCGAUAUCCUUUUGGCCAUCUGGCCAUUUAAAGGGAGAUUGUUCUCCCCGUAACAGCGAACGUCCGGAUAACCACACGCAUCAAGAUUACAUAUAUAUGUUAUUUCAUAGAACUGUUCAAGUAACAAGUUGACACUAUUUCUCCCAUGCUUGUUUCAUUAUACUAAACGGCUCGAAGAUCUUAGACGAGCUAAGAUCGCGAUAUCAAGAUUACAUAUAUAUGUUAUUUCAUAGAACUGUUCAAGUAACAAGUUGACACUAUUUCUCCCA